GCUGUUUGUUGCCUUGGUCCAACUUCUUUAUAACACUAUUCCACGGUGGAUUGACGGAGGCACGUGCAUCGAUGGCUAAGACCGCGUCCAAGCGCCGAGCGUCCGAGGACACCGUGCCGACGGGAGCCAAAGACGUCGCCCAUGUACCCCACGUGGUCACCGCUGCGCCGCCAUCUUCGUCGUCACGCGCGCACCUUGGCGUGAAGAAGAUGAAGUCGUCCGAUCAAAUCCAGCCCGCCAGCACAACGUCCACGCCGUCCCCGAUGAUUCACAUGAUGCGCGGAAACAACCAGCACGAACAUGACACGUAUUGCGCACCGACACCAUACGGUCCGUCCGCGUACAUGGCGCCGACGCCGCUAUCACCCGACAUGCACCAUCCCCCGCUCCAGCGACGGAAAACGAGCAUGGACCAUCAUCAUCCCAUACCCCCGGCGUCGUCGUCGGGAUCUCGCUCUCAUGCAGCCUCGUCGUCCUACCAUUCCCAGUCCAGCGGUCCGCCACCCUCGUCGCGCGCCGCGCCGCCAUCGACCAACGACGUGGCUAUGUUGGAGCAGCAAACCGCGCGACUGUGGAACUUCGACACGUGGGAGUGCGGCGACCAGUACAAGUUCGUCCGCCCCAUGGGCCAAGGCUCUUAUGGCCAGGUGGCGGAAGCGUACGACACCCUUCGAGACAAACGCGUGGCCAUUAAGCGCGUGAUCAACGUGUUCGACCGCGCGCAGGACUGCAUCCGGCUCUUCCGCGAGAUUUACAUCCUUCGCCACGUCCACCACAGCAACCUCGUGACGCUGCUGGACGUGAUCCCGCCCAAGGACUACGAUAGCUUCCGCGACCUGUACCUUGUCUUCGAAUAUGCAGACACGGACCUCCAGAAACUGUUUUGCCUGCCGCAGUACCUCAAUAUCCGCCAUGUCCAAGUGUUUCUGCAUCAGCUGCUUCACGGACUCAAGCACAUGCACGCCUGUGCGAUCGUCCAUCGAGAUCUGAAACCGGCCAACAUUUUGCUCAACGAAACGCUCAGCCUCAAGAUUUGCGACUUUGGCCUGGCCCGAGUAUGCCUUCCUCAUGAACCGACGGCCACCGACGCCGCUACGGAUAAGGACAUCAACGACGAAAGCGACCAUCAUUCUCCGACCGGAACUCCCUCGGCGGACUCGCCAGUCGCCGGUGCUGCUACGACUGGAACUACUCGCAAGUACACCCGGCAAAUGACCAAGCACGUCGUGUCUCGGUACUAUCGCGCCCCGGAAUUGAUCCUCCUUCAGGACUACGGCCGAGCCGUGGACAUGUGGAGCAUCGGGUGCAUUUUCGGCGAACUGCUCAAUAUGCAAGCGGAAAACUGCCAACAUUACCUGAACCGCAAGCCAUUGUUUCCUGGGCGGUCGUGUACGACGCUAAGCCCGACCGAUACGGUCACGUACAAGAAGGAGAUGGAUCAGCUGUUUGUCAUUUUCAAUGUGAUUGGAACCCCCGCGGAAGAGGACAUCGCGCACAUGACCAAGUUCGCGCCCCUCUUGCGCCAAAUUCCCAAGAAGCCACCCGUCAACUUGCACGACAUGUACCCUGGCGCGCCAUCGGAAGCGCUCGACCUGCUGCGCCAACUGCUGCAUUUUAACCCUGCCAAACGCUUGACGGUAGACGAAGCCCUGGCGCACCCGUUUUUGGCCCAAGUCCCCAACAUGCACUCGCAAGAGAUCAUGGCACCAGCGUCGCUGCACAUUCCGAACGAAGACAACGACGACCAAUUCACACGCGACCAACACAAACGCCGCAUUUACGACGAAGUGGUGAAGUUCCACGAAGUUGCCGUGUCCAGUAUUGGCAGUGAUGACCUGAGGUCGUACAAUUCAUAGACCCCCCUACGACUAGCAACAGUCGACGAGUACACUGCUCAAAAUGCCCUUCAUAAUAUAAGGAGACGCUGAAAUUUCUA